GACGUGUCUCUCGGCGGAGGUGUUGCGUGCCGGAGCAGGUUCGGCCGCGGGCAGCGUCGCCUCUCUCGAGCCAAGCGGAGCUGAAGCGGCACCCGGAGCCCGAGCAGCCGCCGCCAUGGCGAUCAAGUUUCUGGAAGUCAUCAAGCCCUUCUGUGUCAUUCUGCCGGAAAUUCAGAAGCCGGAGAGGAAGAUUCAAUUUAAGGAGAAAGUGCUGUGGACCGCUAUCACCCUCUUUAUCUUCUUAGUGUGCUGCCAGAUCCCCCUGUUUGGUAUCAUGUCUUCAGAUUCAGCUGACCCUUUCUAUUGGAUAAGAGUGAUUCUAGCCUCUAACAGAGGCACAUUGAUGGAGCUGGGUAUCUCUCCCAUUGUCACCUCUGGCCUCAUCAUGCAGCUCUUGGCUGGUGCCAAAAUAAUUGAAGUUGGUGACACCCCAAAAGACCGAGCUCUCUUCAACGGAGCCCAAAAGCUGUUUGGCAUGAUCAUUACCAUUGGCCAAUCUAUCGUGUAUGUGAUGACGGGAAUGUACGGGGACCCUUCUGAAAUGGGUGCUGGAAUCUGCCUGUUAAUCACCAUUCAGCUCUUUGUUGCUGGCUUAAUUGUCCUACUUUUGGAUGAACUUCUGCAAAAAGGGUAUGGCCUGGGCUCUGGUAUCUCCCUCUUCAUUGCCACGAACAUCUGCGAGACCAUUGUGUGGAAGGCAUUCAGCCCCACUACUGUCAACACUGGCCGAGGAAUGGAAUUUGAAGGUGCCAUCAUUGCACUGUUCCAUCUACUGGCCACACGCACUGACAAGGUCCGAGCCCUUCGAGAGGCAUUCUACCGCCAGAAUCUCCCCAACCUCAUGAAUCUGAUCGCCACCAUCUUUGUCUUUGCAGUGGUCAUCUAUUUCCAGGGCUUCCGAGUGGACCUGCCCAUCAAGUCUGCCCGUUACCGAGGCCAGUACAACACCUACCCUAUCAAGCUCUUCUACACCUCCAACAUCCCCAUCAUCCUGCAGUCCGCCCUGGUGUCCAACUUGUACGUCAUUUCUCAGAUGUUGUCAGCCCGCUUCAGUGGCAACCUGCUGGUCAGCCUGCUGGGCACCUGGUCUGAUACGUCUUCCGGGGGUCCAGCACGUGCUUAUCCAGUUGGUGGCCUUUGCUAUUACCUGUCCCCUCCAGAAUCUUUUGGCUCCGUGUUAGAAGACCCUGUCCAUGCCGUUGUCUACAUAGUGUUCAUGCUGGGCUCAUGCGCAUUCUUCUCCAAAACGUGGAUUGAGGUCUCAGGCUCUUCUGCCAAAGAUGUUGCAAAGCAGCUGAAGGAGCAGCAGAUGGUGAUGAGGGGCCACCGAGAGACGUCCAUGGUCCAUGAACUCAAUCGGUACAUCCCCACUGCUGCAGCCUUUGGUGGGCUCUGCAUCGGGGCCCUCUCUGUGCUGGCUGACUUCCUGGGCGCCAUCGGGUCUGGAACCGGGAUCCUGCUCGCAGUCACGAUCAUCUACCAGUACUUUGAGAUCUUUGUAAAGGAGCAAAGUGAAGUUGGCAGCAUGGGGGCCCUUCUGUUCUGAGCCAUGUCUCCCCUGGACCAGGGAGGGGAGGCGUGCUCCGGAUUGCUGAGGCAGGGAAACAACAAAACCUCACUGUGGGAGCUUCGUCACAGCGAGUGCUGCUAUGGCAUAUGGACUUUGUUUAAUAAUGUUUUUUGAAUUUCAUAUUCUUUCAUUCCACUUUGUAAAGUCCUAGAAAUUUUCCAAUUUGAAAUUUUGUUUUUCAUUCUGGCAUUGGCAGAAUGAACUGUAGAAGUGAGGUUUCAUUCAGCUGACUGCCAGAGGUGGGGAUGGUAAAUGACUGUCCCCAAGCGUCCACAUAACUUUUGUUUUAACCUUUGCACCUUCUCAGUGCCAUCGGCAGCUGCAGUGGUGUUAGCUGUUCCCCCACGCAGGGAAUGUCUUGUUGGAGAGAAGCACAAACACGGUGAAUGGUCUGUGUUUCGUUGUGGCAGUGGGGUGUGAGGCUGGGAGCAGACCAUGUGUUUUCUGGUGGAUGUGGGCAACUCACUGGCCUGUCCCUUCCCAGUCAGAAUAUCUGGCUUAAAACUGUUGCUCUGGAAGACACAAUUGUUUCUUCUUUUAAAAUUAGUUUUUUAGGACAGAGCUUAUUCCAAAAGAGAAGGAUGAAUUCCCAGAAGACAUUCUUGGGCCAUCUGUUAAUUUUUCUGCAUGUGCCCAUUGGCUCUUCUUAUUGAUUGUUCUAGUUGGGCUCUGAGGCUGAAAAGAGCAGUCAGCCUGGCUCUGCUGUCUCUGUCUUUAGUCAGCUGUGUCUUAUGAUCGAGUGAGGCCAGGAUGCACCAGCUGUGCAGACUUGCACUUGGCUGAGCUGGGCAGACAUGUGGAGGACACCUGAGGCGACAUCUGUCUGCCCAGUUCUUCAGUCGGUCGUCGCCGGACCUGCCUCCCCAUGGUUCAUUCCCUCCUCCUCUCGCCCUAGUGAGGGAGGCAUGUGGCCAGCACUCAGAGGUGGAAAGACAGCGAUUGGUGUGCACAAGCCACUGCUACCUUCUAGGCUGAAAACUCCCCACUUGUAUUUUUAGAACUUUUUUAUUGUGCUUAGGACCAAAUGCAAGUCAAGUCA